GCUUAUACGUUGCACAAAUAAGGUGCUAUAGGGUGAAGCUUUCAAGCUUCAUUCUUAGGGCUGCUUCCACCGGCCUCUCUCAAGUUAACAAUUUACCGCAACCCAACGGCCAUUAAAACCUUGACACCGGCUGCUUUUAUUGGAUUAUAUCCUCUGCCUCUCUCUGAUGCAUAUUUCUGGCGAUAACCUGUGCGGCAAUAAACUUCAUCCAGCCACCAGAGUGUGCAUGUGAGAGGACUGCAAAUCUCCUCAGCCAAACCAGAAUUAGCCGGUAUCGCAGGAAUGAAAGAGCGUGGAGAUUUGAAAUCGCGGGGAAUGGAAGCCAGACGGAGCAGAAGGCGAGCCGCCGGGGGAGCAGGAGCCCCGAGCCCGGCCCCGGGCUGCAGCAGCAAAUAAACACCGCGGCGAGGCCGAGCGCAGCCGGGCGCAGUUUCUCUAGGAUUUCACAAUUGCUAAGAGCCUCUUGGGCUUCUCUGCUUUCCAUGAUACUGUGUUCUUGGCAGCGCUGUGGUGUGGGAAGAAGACUGAGGGCAGGAAAACAUACAUCUCAAAACUAGUUUCCUCCUAAAAAAUACAGUAAUUCAAUCCACCUGCCUCUUCAAGAUUUCCUUUUUUGAGUCCAAGCUUUAUUCACUAGAACACAAAGACACAUAAUCUUACUGGGACAGCAGAAGGUGAUACAGAGAAGGAAUAUACAGGGAGAGACUAGUCUUUUUCUGUGACCACAGUCAACCCAUGAAGAGUGAGUGCUCUCAGCCACAUACAAAAUACUGUGGAGAAAAUGUAUGCUAGUCGAGAGGAUAUUGGAUACGAUUUUGGAGAUGACUCAAAAGUUGGAAGUAAGCCAAUUAAGCCUAAUCCAAACAUCGAUGGAGGAUGGGCUUGGAUGAUUGUACUUUCCUCUUUCCUUGUGCACAUACUUAUUAUGGGGUCCCAAAUGGCCCUUGGAAUACUCAACAUGGAGUGGCUUGAAGAGUUUAAUCAAAGCCGUGGCUUAACAGCAUGGGUUAGCUCCCUUAGCAUGGGCAUUACACUUAUUGUAGGGCCUUUCAUUGGUUUAUUCAUUACCAUGUGUGGGUGCCGCAAGACAGCAAUAAUUGGAGGGAUAUUGAAUGCCCUAGGCUGGAUAUUGAGUGCCUAUGCCUCAAAUGUGCACUUCCUCUUCCUUACAUUCGGAGUGACAGCCGGUGUUGGUAGUGGCAUGGUUUAUCUGCCUGCGGUGGUCAUGGUAGGACAGUAUUUUCAGAAGAGAAGAGCACUUGCACAAGGACUGAGUACCACAGGAACAGGGUUUGGAGCUUUUUUAAUGACAGCCUUACUGAAGUAUCUCUGCAGGGAAUUUGGGUGGAGGAAUGCCAUGUUCAUUCAAGGUGCGAUCUCCCUCAACCUUUGUGUCUGUGGGGCACUUAUGAGACCACUAUCCCACAAAGAUGUUAAUGAAAAAUGUGUUGUGAGAAGUAAUAGCGAAAAUAAUCAGGCAAAAGCUCUAUCCCAUUCUGCAGAGACUUUAAAUGGAGUCCUCAGUGAAGAAACAGACAAAAAAGAAGAGCCAACAAAUGAAGAAGUGCUUGACAGUGUUAAGCACAUAGAAACUGAAGGUAAAUCUAGAAGUGGAAAGAGUAUGUAUGGACUGCUCAUUCUUAAGACAGCGAGCCAGCUGACGAUUACGGUCAGGAAGGGCUUUGGAAUCUGGUACUCCAGUUAUUUUGGAGCUGCAUCGUUGUUUACCAACAGAGUAUUUGUGGCCUUUAUAAUUUGGGCUUUGUUUGCCUAUAGCAGCUUUGUCAUUCCCUUUAUUCAUCUUCCAGAGAUAGUCAAGCAGUACAAUUUAUCUAGUCAGAACAAUAUAUUUCCAUUGACAUCCAUUAUUGCCAUUGUGCAUAUUUUUGGUAAAGUGAUCCUUGGAAUCAUCUCUGAUCUCCCUUGCAUCAGCACUUGGAAUGUCUUCCUCAUGGCUAACAUCACCCUGGUCACCUGCAUUCUUACUUUGCCACUAAUGCAAACAUACAUUAGUCUGGCUGUGAUUUGUGCUCUAAUAGGAUUUUCUAGUGGCUAUUUUUCCCUAAUGCCUGUUGUGACUGAAGAUUUAGUUGGAACUAAACACCUUGCAAAUGCCUAUGGCAUCAUCAUCUGUGCCAAUGGAAUAUCUGCAUUGCUUGGACCACCCUUUGCAGGUUGGAUCUAUGACAUCACACAUAAAUAUGAUUUUUCUUUUUACAUAUGUGGCUUGCUGUACCUGGUGGGAAUAUUAUUUUUAUUUAUUCAACCUUAUAUUGGAAAGAAACAACCACGAGAAAGUCUACUGAAGAGGAACAAGUAUAGAACAAAUUUCAGACUUUUUUAUAGAAUUUAUUUCUUUCCAUGUUUCUAUUGUAUGGCAGUAUAAAGCUGAAACCAACCACACUGAAUUGUACUUAAGUGAAAAGCAAAUGUGCUCCAAAAUGCUAAUAAAUUAUUAGAAAUAUGCUUUUAAAAUGACUUAAGAUCUUUUACUUCAGAACUAACAAAUAUAGAGAAUAAAAGCACACUUACAGUCUUCUAAAAUUGGAUCAGUGCUAGAAACCUUUAACCUUAAUUCUUUUAACUUUUCAUCACUAACCAUUGGUGAAACUCCACUGACUGCAGUGCAGUUACUCCUGAUUUACACUAGUCCUACAAUCAAAUUUGAUCAGGAUACGAAUGAUUUAUAAAAAUCCUUCCUAUUAUGUAUUCUAUCUGAUAAAAGAUUAGUUAGUAAAUAUGAGAAAAUGACUGUAUUUCUUACCUGGCUAGUGCUGCUGAAAUGCUAGUAUAAUACUUCAAUUAAUUCAAUGUUAUUGAAAAUUAAUUCAAUUUACUAUUCUACAAUGCAAAGGUGAAGAAAAGUUCUUAGAUUUUUCUGAAAGGGUUCUCUACUUCAAGGUUUUUUAUUUUUAUUUUUAUUUUUUUUACUUUUUAUUUCUAUUUUUAUAUAUCAACUGCAUGAUGAAGUAGCCAUCCUCAAUACACGGGCUGCAUUAUAAAUGCUCUGACACUUAAUGCACAUGAAGUAAAACAAACAUAAAAGCAAAUCGAGAGAACUGAUGGAAAAUAUUAAUUUGAUUCUUCAACAGAAAUGAUAAGCAGCAACUUUUCUGAUGAUCUGUUCCACAAGUUGCACAUGCAUGAGUUGCCACAUUCAGAUAGAGCAAUUUCUAAUUUCAGAAUCAACUACUUCAAUAGUUAUUCACAAUUUAUAUUGAUGUAACUGAGAACAGAAUUUGUACCUGUGUAUAUACAGUCUUCUGGUUUUGCUUAUGAGAUUUAGCUAUAUUACUAUGAACCACAUCCAAUGUAAAUUGCCAUAGUUGUAUUAACUGACCUAGAGCUGCUGCUGAUCAUACCUGUAUCAGGUACAGAGACACCUGAGAUGAGAACAAAUACCCUCUGUAUUUUUACAGGCAUGCUUUGGAAAGUUAAACUUUGUCUGACUUGUUUGCAGUGUUUUAGGAUACAGAAAUAAUUUACUUAAAUGCACAAUGGCUCCUUUAUCAUAAAAAUAUCUGAAAUUUAAGAGAGAAAAUCUUUCUUUUGUUAUGGUAUAUCCAGGUUCUUAAGCCUGCCUUAUGGUUUGAUACCUUACAGUGGAAGCAUCCCACCAUGAUUCCAAAGACUGGAGGAUAUUUCCAGAAGCAGUUUGAAGUUUCUGUCUGCUUUCUGGAUGGGACAGGUAAAAGUAUUAAAGAAACAGAGCUGGGCAAAAUGGCAAAAUGGGCCAAAUAUAGUUUUAGAAAGAACUGGACUACAGCAUGUUAAGUUUUGUUACAAUUAAUUUUAGAACAAAAAUAUUGAAUUAUGAUCACUUGUGUUGCUGUAUACGAGCACACCACAAACUAUCUAAGACCGGUCAUGUUUUAGAUGAUUAUUCACUAGAAAAUCAGAUAAUGCAAAGCAUGGAAGAACUAAGACAAUGUAAAAUAUUAAAAAAAAUUUUCUUAAACAAUGUUAAGCAUCUGGUAAUUAAUGCAGAAUAUUUUGUAUGAUGCUACAAGACAUCAUACAUCUCAGCUUUGCGAGGUGAGGCUGAUAUUAAUUUUCCUAUAUCAAAUAAAAGUUUUUUUUUUCCUGCUAGCUUUAUGAAUAUUUUUUCAUGACAAAUCAAGUUCUUGGUUUAAGACUAAUACUGCUGCUAGAAUUUAAAAACAAUUGGUAUUAUUCACUUAUAUUGAAGAAAUAUUGGCACACAGUUCAGUAUGAAAGAUUAUCACUAUACAGACAUUUUCUGUAGCUGCAAGGUUGGUUAAAAAAAAGUUCUGAACCUCAAACCCCAUUGUUCUGUAUUGCAAUUCACCAACUUAGUUGUGCACUUCUACAACUGUUGGCAGGGACAUACUUUGAAAUAGGUCACUGAAGUGAACAAAGUUAAACAUAAAACCCUUAAGAAAAACCAAACUACCUUAAGAUCAAUUCUCUGAUACAAUAUUUAUGGCCUAUAAAAUUGUCAUUACAACAACUGAGAUGGCAGUGAACUGCAACAUGUGGCAUGAACAAGCAGCCAGUAAUUUCUUAAAAUCAGCUUUUUUGCUGGAGAAAAUCGUCAUAUAAACUUCACUGACAUCAGUUCUUUAGUUACAGGUUUAGUUACAGGUUUGUCUUGGUGUGAAUGCUGCUACUAGCUUAUCAGCUAUCUUUCAUUGGUCAAAUAGAUAUAUUAAAGUGAUUUUCCCCAAUUUUUUGGAAAAAUAUGUACCUGUUAUACUUAAAGCUUCACUUUGCCUUUAGCUAAAAUCAACUUCGCAUAUUACUGUAAUGAAUAAUAUGUUGUUCACUUAUGAUAUCUGCAACAUAUCUUCUUAUAGAAGUCCUUAAUGGACUGUAUAAUGGGAAUAAACUUACAUUACCCCAAAAUUCACUUUCUGUUCAUUUACUGAUUAAGUUAAUUUCUUAAACAUAAAAAUGAAGAUUCUCCUGAAAAAUGAUUGUUCUCAUUUCUGGUAACAGAAGGGACAGAUACAUGAUUGUUUAAAGAGGCAGGAAGGUGGGCUGACAAAUCAGAGUGAAAUUAGGAUUUUAAGUAAUAUUAACUCAGUCUAUAUUAGCUAGCAUAGUUUCUGAACCUGAAAUUGCCUAAAUCUGUUCUGAUGUCACAACUUAACAAAAAAGUAAUUGGGGGUAAAUUUACAGAAAGUGAGAAUAAAGGGUCUGCUGCUUAGCUCUGCUCACAUACCAUAUUUCUUAAAAACAUCCCUAAAGCAAAGUUACCCUUUACAGUGUUUUAUUACACGGAACAGAAAUUUCAUGAAUACAGUAUUUUAUGCACAUCACAAAGUUUUGUCAUUGUCCUGAAAGGAAAUAGUCACAAGGAGGAAAGAAUGCAUUAAUUGUUUAACGUGAAAAUUUUCUACCUAAAGAACUAUAAUCAUCAAAUUCUUCAAGAAUAUUGAUAUGUCAUUGUAGGACAAAAUAUUGUAAAUAUAAAUUAACAACUAUCUUGUAAGAACUAAAAUGCAGCUUUAUAACGAUAUAAAAUUAUACAGAAACACUGUAUUUAUUUUUAACGAAUUUACAAAAUUCAUAUUUAAUACUUGACAUUUUAAAAAAAGAUGUAAACAUAUGCGUUCAAACACCCUUCAGAUAUUACACUUAUAUGAAAAUACUGCAAUCACUGUUUUUAAUGCUCAGAUCUUAA